AUGGCUAACUUGGCCGUAAAUGCAGAGCCGCAGGCCAAGAAUGGACUGGAAAAUAGACAAGAACAGCAAAUGCAAGAGGAUGGUUUUGUUCGGGUAAAGGGACCAAGGAGAGGGUCGCAGAUGCGGACCAGACAGACAGAGAACGUGAUGGGUGAAACUAGUGGAGAGGCAAGUCAGAACCAAGAGAUCGCUCACGGUGGGAAAACUGCAGAGAUUGCUUUAUCUAAUAAAUACGGGAGUUUGGAGAUGGACACAAACUUGGGAGAAACACGGGAAGAUUUUGUUGUGGGAGAAGAGAACAAGGAGAAUCAGGAUAUGAAUGUGGAUAGAAACAGAGGUAAGGAAAUCUCGCGUGGCAAAGAGACUAUGAUCUUUGGCGGGAAAGCAAACAUAAUGACGGGUUUGAAAGUGGGGAACAAAGAUAAGUGGGCUGGGGAUAAGAAGACAGGAGAGGGACCACGGGGAAGGCCCAAAAAAUUGAAUAAUCGGCCCGCUCGAGGGUUGGUUUUUGGCCCGACCAAAGGUGAGAUCAGUCUAUUGGAGUCUGGUAAGAGACUGAGAGUGGAGAGGUUGGAUGCAGGGAGAGAUGUUGAUCUAUUCAGAGAAAAUGCGGCGGCAAUUGGGGUUGCAGAGAAACCGCUGCAGUUACGAGAUGAGGAACUGGCAAAUCCGAUGGAUAAUAUCACCAGCGAGAUGGAACAAGGAGACUCGGAGAUACAGACGAGCUCGCAGGGAGAUGGAAGGAAGUUCAACACAGAUUUUCUUGCGCUUUUCGAGACUCAUGCGGGAGGAGAUAAGGCGAUGAAGAUCUGUCAGAGCUUAGGAUUUGAUAACUCUUUUCGGGUGGAUGCAGUUGGCCAAAGUGGAGGUAUUUGGCUCUUGUGGAGAAAUAAUGUUGGAGUUCUUACGGUCGUAGAAUCGUCAGAACAGUUUGUUCAUGCACGGGUGGAGAUUGGGAUGGAAAUCAUUCACCUUAUUGCGGUCUAUGCUGCGCCUACAGUGAGUCGUCGAAGUAAUUUGUGGGGACAGCUAAAGAAGAAGUAA